AUGAUUUGGUCAAUAUUACAAGAAAUAGCUGAAUAUCUUCAUAGUAAAGUUGAAGGAUUAUCAGAAAAGAUGUUAAAAGAGAUAAUAAGAAAAUGUUUAUUAGAUUAUCAAAAACAAUCAUCGAAAAGUCUAGAAACAAAGAUUGACAAAUUAAUCUCAAACCUUGUAGAUAUUUUUAAAUAUCAAGCAGGUAUACUCAAUGAAUUUGGUCAUAAUAGUUUUCGAUUUAUACAUCGUACGUUUCAAGAAUAUCUUGCAGCUAAAAGUAUUAUCAUUCAUAAUGGAAUCGAACAAUCUGAAGAUAUGAUUUAUCACAAUAUUCAUAGUAAAAUUGGUAUUCCCAAUUGGAGAGUUCCUCUUAGUAUGACAUUUGGAAUUUUGAGUAAAUCAAUUGAAUAUAGUCUAUUAUUUAACAAUAUUAUUAAAAGAUUAUUAAAAGAUGAGAAAACUUCAUCGAAUAUGCAAUCUUCUAUACUUCUAGUACCAUUUGUUAUUAUUGAUUCAUUAAAUGACAUGCAUUUUUCAUCUAAAGAUACAGAACAUGAAUUGAUUCGGAAAUUAGCAGAUAUGUUGUUGUUUGAUUAUGAAAAUGUGUCUGGUUUUUCACGCUUAAAAGAACAUCAAGAAUUGAUACAAUCCUAUUUCUUGAAAUUGAAAAGAAAAUAUGAUAAUAUAAUGGCAGAAUGGUUUAUUAAAAAGCUUAAUCAUGAAGAUGAUGUUGCUCCAUGUGCUAAUAUUAUUUAUCAAUUGAAAUGGUAUAAUCCAAAAUUUCAUGAAAUAUUUCUAAAGAAUUUACAUAAUGAUUCUAUAAUUUGGAAUUGGCCAAUCGAUUCGAUCUUACGAUUUUAUUCAAAUGAAAUUAAAGAUGAAGUAGUUUUAACUCAAUUAAAAUUCAAAAAUACAAUAAAUAAAAAUCCAGAAAUGAUCAAAUUUAUUGUAAACAGCAAUGCUUGGCUACCUUUAAUUAUAGCUCUUUAUGGAGGUUAUAAGAAUUAUAAGACUCCAUCGAGUAUUUCUGAAUAUUAUGAAAUAGCUCAAUUUCUAGAUUUAAGCUCUAUGGAAAGAGCACCAUUUACUUUUUACUAUCAAGAAAUUUGGGAUAGGGAUGAUGCAGCUUAUAGCAUGGCUGUAUAUCUUGAUACAAAAAAAAAUUCAGAAUUGAUUCCAUUGGUUGUAUUGUUACAUUUUGGAAUUAUUUCAAAAGACAGUGAUAGGUUAAGGAUUUACAAAAAUUUACUACCUGAAUUAGCUGAACAGUAUGAUGUAAAAGAAUUUUUAUUUGAAAGAAUUCAAUCCAUGUGUAAUCCAUAUUAUAAAUCAAGAGCAUUAUAUCAAUUAGCUGAAUUUUAUGAUGAAAAAAGUUAUGAAUUGCUAAAUGAAUCAUUUAUAUUAACAAAAAAUAUUCAAGAGCCAACGUUAAAAUUUCAAGUAUUAGAAAAAAUUUUUAGCAUUACUCAUUAUAAGGAAGUAGAUCGCAAGCUAUUCAUUCAAAAAAUUGUCGACGAGUUAAUUUUAACAUUUGACAAUAUUGAUGAUCUUCAUAAUCGAAUUAUUGCAUCGAUAAGAUUAUCAUUUUAUGGAUCAGGAGAAUUUCGAAAAAAAUAUUUAACUAUUGCUAUAGAAACACUUGAUCGAAUGAAUGAAGAUAAUGACAAAAUCAAAUUAAUUAUUAAAUUAAAAUCAUUAAUUAAUAUCUAUGAUGAUCUUCUAAUCAAACUAAAUGGAAUGAUAGAAACACUCAAGAAUAAAAUUUAUUAUUAUUUUGUCAAUUCUUAUUAUGGAAGAAUAUUAUUUACUGGAACAUUACAAGUUUCUAAGUCAAACGUAAAUUUAGAAAAUGAGAAUGAUAACAAAGAAAUUGUCGAUCUUUCAAACUAUGCAGAACUUCAAUCUUUAUUUGUAUUGGUUGCACAAUUGAAUGAUACAAAAUUAAUUAUGGAUAAAACAGAGAGCACCGAUCAAUUAUGGAUUCAUCUUUUUAAAGAUACUGAUAAUCAGUCCACUAUAGAAAAAAUAUUAACUAUUGGUUUACAUGAUGGAAUAUUUUUGACACCACAAGUAACCAUUAUUAUAGAUGAAUUGAUAGAAAAAGGAAAAGAGGAUCAUAUAUCUAUGCUUUUUCCCUAUAUUAUAAAACCUUCAAAUGAAGUAUUACCUGUUGUUCAGCGAUGGUUUACUCAAAACAAUAAUAAUAAUAAUCAAAUUAAAAAUCUAGCAGCUCUUUUACUUGCAGAAGCCAGGCAUGUUUUUGAAUCAGUUAUCGAUACAAUUAUUGAUUUGCUCAAAAGUGAUAAUGAUCAAAUGAGAUAUCGAGCUCAACGAAUUUUUCAACAUCCAGAAAGAGAUGUUAAAGAACCCAGCAAGAGACUCUCUGUAUUAGGAGAAAAAACAAUGAUGAAAAUUCUCGAACAUGCUCUAGUGAAAGAGCAUCUUCCAAGAGUUCGUGCUUAUUUUUUUACAUUUUUCUACGACUUACUAUGGGAUGAUCCUGUAGUUUUUCAUAACUUAAGUCAAAAUAUGAAUCAAUUACAAGAGAGAAACUCUGUUAGUGAAAGAAGAAUUCAAUUUCUCGAUAGAAUUUAUUUUAUUAAUAAUCAUACUUGGAAUUCAAUAAUGCAAACUUUAGAAUCAUCUUUAUAUCCAUUGUAUAUAGAAAAAUUACUUCAUUCUACGAUGCAUUUAGCAAGACGUUCUCAGAUUAUAGAAGAUGAUUGGAUUAAAUUUGCAAGAUUAUUAGCAGUGUCUGACACAUGUCAAUUUCAAGAGCAUGUAUACUUUUCACAUACAGAUAUGGAACUAAUACAAGUAAUUCUUGAUGAAGUUUCUGCUUCAACAACUAUUACUGAUGAAACAUAUUUUGAAAAUCUUGAAUCAAUCUUAAUCAUUCAAACAACCAUCAAAGUUGAAGAUCUUUCACGACAGAACUACGAUCAAAUCCAACAUAUAGGUCGUUGUAAUUUUACUGUUUCAAAUGAUGUAAACAAAACAAUAUUAAAUUUAUUAAGUAAUUUUUCGAUAAAUAUUGUUCUAAUGAAGAAUUUAAUUCAAUGGUUAAUACUCAAAAUGAUAAGUUUUAAUGGUUUUGAUGAUACUAUAUUUGAAUUGAUUCUAUGUGAAACUUUAUUAUCUUUGGUUUCUGCUUGUGUUCAAAAGGAAGAUUAUUUGUAUCGAAAAAUAACAAAUUCUCCAAAUUUUAAUAAAGUUCAAAUGAUUCAACUGUUGGAGAAAAUGCUUAAUUAUCAUCCCUAUUUUCCAGCAAGAGGUACUGCUUUUAUAUUACUUUCAGCUAUGGAACAGUUUGAUCAUAAAGUAAUUAUCAAUGCUAUGAACACAUUAUUUGAUGAAAAUCUUGUGAAAGAAUAUUCCGUGAUUGGAGUUCCUCUCAUUCGUUUAUCAUCUGAUGAAUUGAUUGAUGAUUUAAUAGUAUAUUUGAAAAGUGAAAGUGCCAUAAAAGUUUAUGAAAUAUUAAAAAUUUUAACAGAAUUUGCUUUAAAUGAAAAAAUAGAUAUGAACAGCAAAUCAAAAAUUAUGAAUUACUUAACAAAUGAAAUUGUACAAUUAAAAUCAAAGAAACUUGUUAAUUAUUACUAUACAGACAUUAAAAUUCCUUUCACAACAACAUUAGAACAUGAAUAUUAUAAAGCAUGGAUUAAAAUACAAGGACUCUCGGGUAAAGCACAAUAUUCAAUCAACAUUAAAGAAUCAAACAAAUAA